AUGGCGAGACUCACUGACGAUGCCGACUACGAUGCCGGCGAAACGUCUGGGAAUGCUCCACAGAAAAACACUUUAGCUACAUCCCUGCGAGAUGAAGAAACCGACAACUCACCGCCAAGAUCAUCUAGCACUGACCCAAACGAGCAUUCACGAAAUUACUGGCUUAGCGACGCCGAAGUGACAACAUACCUACACGAGAUGGCGAUUCGCCAAAAUGUAUCACUAAAUCAUCUUAAGGAGCACUUACUGGCCUCGGUGAGCUAG